UGUAUUUAUUUAUUCCGUCGAAGAAGGUCCUAUUGUCGGAGGAAGUGAAAAGAAAAACAUAAAAUAAAAACGAAAAUUUACAACAAAACAAAACAUACACAAAUAAAAAAAAAAAGAAGACGAAACAAAUUUAACUUUUUUUCUCUGUCAAAUAUUAACAAGAAGACGUACAAAAGAGAGUGGAAAAGAGUAAAAUAAACCGGUCGUUGGCUUGAAAAUUAUUAGAGUCAACAAGCUGUCGCCCGCGUCAUACAUACCCCCUCGUAAUUCUCAAAAUAAAUCUCAGUUUGGAACUCUGUUUGCCGUUUAAUGAUUAACGGCAAUCUCGAAAUAAAAAUUUCUCCAUGUAUAAAGUUUUAUACCGGUUCGACAAUAAAACAGCGCAAAUAAUUGAACACAGUUGUGAUGGCAUCACGUAACAGUCGAACCUCUGGUAUGCGUCUCUUGUGGAUACCAGGCGGUCGCAAAGGUCAUCCGAAGGGACGUUUCGAUUCGACGAAUAAGAAAAUCUCCUAUUCGACGCGACAAAAAAAGAGCGAAGUUUGGUCAUUGGGUGGCAGUAAGGCGCAAAAUGAAUUGUUAACGGCAGAACCCGAUGUCUCAUUACUGGAUGGUCCUUCGACUUCUGGUAUUGCCAGCAUAGCUUGUGCCACAGCGGUUGGAAGUUCCGCAGCCGUUAUAGCAAAAAACUCCAAUAACUCUACAACAUUUCCGUCCAAUGAAGCAGCAGCAGCUGAGUGUUUAACGAAUGCAAGUGAUUCACACCAACAGCAGCAGCAGCACAAUCAAACAUCUCCCACAACCCCAAAUAGUACCGCCUCAACAGCUCAACUAAUCUCACCGCCAUUAUCGCCUUUAAUCCAAACGGAUUUGGAUCAAAUUGACUCAGAUACCGAAUCAUUUACAAUGCCGGCCAAAUCUCAUCAACCCAUACCGGUUAUAGUGACAACCACAACAACGGCUCAAAUAAUGGAUGUAAGUCCCAACAGGGAAAAUCGUUAUUCCAUUCUGGGCAAGGAUAUAACAACAAAUGAAUUUGAUAUUUAUACAUUGCCAUCGCCGCCCAAAGAUGCCAUCCACACAUCCAUAGAUAAUUUGAAUAGUUCGUCUGGUACGACAGCAUCGCAAAUAUCACCAUCAGAAUCUCCAAUACAUAAAGAGUCUAUUAUAACAACAGCAAUAACAAAUGAAUCUCACACGAAUCACCAUUCACAGCCACAAUUACAACAACAGCAGCAGGAGCAAAAUGGUUCUGUAAAUAGUACACCAGUUAAAAAGAAACAUCAUAAUCGAAAUCACAAUAAUAAUCAGGGUGAUGUUAAUUCCAUUGAAAGUAUAACCGAAGAUACGACAAGCGAGAAAAUUCCAAGCGGUGAUUUAGAUUGGGUCGAUUCAGCGUUACAGGCCCGUAACGAUCGUGAAAUCUUAACCAAAUCAAAAACAAAGAAAAAGAAGAAUAAACUCUCCAAAGGUAAAGGUCUCGACCAGUUGGAUGGUGUGCCGUCCGCCAACAAGGAGGAGAAUAAAAAUGAAACACCCGAAGAUGAUGAAAAGGUGGUCAAGUGUUUGUAUUAUACCCUGAUGUGUUGUGAUUGUUCGCUACAAUAGAUAAUAGGCAAAGAAACAAAACAAAAAGUAAUUGAAAAAUUAAAAUAACAAAAAUGCAUUUAUAUUUAAAACAGAAAAUCCAUUUUUUACAAAAACAAUAAAUAUGUUUUGAUUUUGAUAAUAAUUUUAUUUAUAUAUAAAAUAUAUAUAUAUGUAUACAUUUUUUUAUAAAGACUUGUAAUUUAAUAUCAUUGAAGAGACAAUUUAUAAUAAUAACAACUAUGAAAAAUGAAAUGACUGAAAAAAACUUUAUAAAAGCAUAUAAUACAAAUGAAAUUGAAAUCAAAACUAUUUAAGACAUUUGAAUAUACUUAACAAAAAAAAAAAAUAACAAUAUAUAAUACACAAGAUAUACAUAAUGUAAUUUGGUAAGAAGAAAAUGAGAUAUCAAGUAUUUUACAAUAUUCCACUAAUAAAACGAAACAUGCCAAUCAAAUUCUAUUUUUUUAUACACAGAAAUAUGCCAAUUUUUAUUAGAUUUUUUUUUUUGAAUACAAAACAAACACGGUGUAACAAUUGAGAAAUGUGUAAACAUUGACUUUGUAAAUGACCGAAUUCAAAAAUGUAAUGUAUUGGUAAAUUUUUUUAUACCAAUUUUAAUGCCCAUUUAAAUUAGGGUAUUUUUAACAAUUUAAAUCGGAGACUUAAAUCGGAGACUGUUCUUUGGAAAAUGUUAAUCCGCUAACCAACCGAUAUUUUCUUUUUUGAUAUCGAAAAUAAAUCCAAAACUUGCAGGUUCUUGAAGGAUCAAAAUAAUAUAUUAUGCUUAUUUGAUUUGAAUCAAAAAUUUGAAACCCAGACCUUUGUCACAAAAAUAUGAAAUGAUUGGGACCAAGUCCUUUUUAAUAAGGUCACACAAGACGUGAAGUUAGACCCUUAGUCUGCUCUUGUUGCAUGAAAAUGUUACUACGGUAACCAUCCAAUAUUUUUGAUAUCGAAAAUAAUUCCAAAUCUAACAGGUUCUCAAAAGAUCAACGUGAUAUCUUAUGCUUAUUUGAUCUGAAUCCAAAAUUUGAUACCCAGACCUUUGCCACAAAAAAAAUGAAAUGGUUGGGACCAAGUCCUUUUUAAUAAGGUCACACAAGACGUGAAUUUAGACUCUUAGUCUGCUCUUGUUGCAUGCAAAUGUUAUUACGAUAACCAUCUGAUGUUCCCUUUUAGAUAUUGAAAAUAAAUCCAAAACUAGCAGGUUCUUAAAAGAUCAACAUAAUAUUUAGACCCUUAGUCUGCUCUUGUUGCAUGAAAAUGUUACUACGAUAACUAUCCAAUAUUUUUGAUAUUGAAAAUAAUUCCAAAACUAAAAAACAAAACAUAUAUGAUCUAAAUCAACAAUUUGAAACCCAGACCUUUGCAACAAAAAAAUAUGAAAUUGCUGGGACAAAGUCCUUUUUAAUGAGGUCACACAGGAGGCCAAUUUGACCCUUAGUCUGUACUUUUUUGUAAAAAGUAUAUUGGCGAGGAAUCGCCCAAAAUAGACGGACGCGCUAUUUACUAUUUCACAAACUUUAAAUUUUCACGAUGUAAACCUGUAUUUUCGUCAAAAUUGAAGGUUUAUCAUGAAUUUUUAAUAAAAAAAAACAUGUUUUGACGGCAAAAGAAGAGAGUAGCUAGCCUUACCGUGUCACCUUGCAAGGAGACCUUGAUUGGGGCCAUAACAUCACUUUUCGCUCAUGAAAUACACUGCCCAAAUUACUAUCGCGGAACUCAAAUUGGGAUUAUUUGAAACAUGUCCAACGUUUGACUUGAAAAAACUGUCAUUGAAAGUUUUAACUAAAUAAUUAAAUGUUUAAACUGUCGAUUUGAGAUAAAAUAGGUUACGAGAAAAAUAACGCAUUUUCUCGAAGAAAUUAUAUUUUGUCUCUUUAUAUAACCUUUUCUAACUGGCAAUUCCAAAUCAGUUUUUCAUAUUUUAUAUAUUUUUUUUUCGUUUUAUACCCUUCUCCAUGCUGCAGUAAGGAGGUAGAACAGCUUCGUAAAACUACAGAAACACAGCCCUGAGGCUAUGCCCGCUUCCUGUCAAAUUUUUUUAAUUUUUUUUUUAAUUUUUCAAAACAAUAAAUACAUACACAAAUUUGGCAGAUGUCGGGCACACUAAGAAAGGUAUUGUUAUCAGCUGGUAGCUCUACCUUACCUUUUUGUUGUUGUCUUUGUGUAUUCGUUUGUAACAGGCAAAAGGAAACGAGAUAGACCCAUUGUUCCUGAUGAUCUGCAUAGAAUCACAUUCUGAGUCGAUUUAUGCAUGUCCGUCCGACCGUCUGUCAGUCCAUGUAUUUUUGUAAACCAAGUACAGGUCGCAUUUCUUGCCCGAUCCAGAUGAAAUUUUGCACAAGUCAUUUGUUUGGCCCAAAGAGAUAAUCGACCAAAAUUUCGCUAUAGCUCUCAUAUAUAUCUUUGUCCGCUUUACCUGUUAUUGGGCACCAAACAUGUAAUAUUAGACCAAAUGGGAUGGCAUUUUACAUAUACGACAAAAGAAAGUCUGGAAAUAAAUAUGACAAAUUUGAUCGAAAUCGGUUCAGAUAUAGCUACAGCUCCCAUAUAUAAUAUUCAUCCGUUGUUGAUAUUUUUUGUCCUCUGCAGUCGUAAUAUGCACUCUGUGACGAUAUUUGGGAAAAUAUAUCGAAUACAGCUCAGAAAUAUCUUUGGAAAAUUUUAUCGAGAUCGGCUCAGAUUUGGAUAUAGCUCACAUAUAUAUAUAUUUUCUUCCAAUUUACCUUUUAUUGUGCACCAAACAUGUAAUAUUAGUCCAAAUGGGAUGGAAUUUGGUACUUUCGAACAAAUUGAGCUUAGAAACAAGUGUGGAAAAUUUGGUGAAAAUCGGUUCAGAUAUAGCUAUAUCUCCUAUAUAUAUAUAUUGUUCAUCCAUUGCUGAUAUUUUUGUCCUCUGCAGCCGUAAUAUGCACUCUGUAACAACGAUAUUUGGGGAAAUAUAUCGAAUACAGCUCAGAAACAUCUUUGCAAAAUUUUAUCGAGAUCGGCUCAGAUUUGGAUAUAGCUCUCAUAUAUAUAUUUUCUUCCGAUUUACCUUUUAUUGUGCACCAAACGUGUAAUAUCAGCCCAAAUGGGAUGGAAUUUGGUAACUGCGACGAUAUUGAGCCUAGAAACAAGUGUGUCAAAUUUGGAGAAAAUCGGUUAAGAUAUAUGUAGCUAUAGCUCCCUUAUAUAUUGUUAAACCCGAUUGAUAUUUUUUUUUUUUUUUUGUUUGAAGCUCUGCUAAUGAAGAUCUGUUACAUGAAGCUCUACUAAAUAUGCAAAGGGUUGUUGGGUAUCAUAAAAUGGGCCCGCCCGACAUUUAGACUUUUUUUACUGUUUUUUUUUUUUUUUUUGAGUUAAAUUCAAAAUUUUAAAAACACAUUUGAACACGUCGUACAAAAUACAGGGCCUCAAUUCUCCUAUGAAAAAGUUAAAUAAAAAAUUAAGAAAAACAAAUGAAAAAAUCUUUAAAGAAUAUACUUUUUAUUUCAUGUUCUCAUCGAACAAGAAUACGCCACAUGGAACAAGAAUACGCCAAUUGUUAUUUGACUUUCUUCCAUUCAAUUUCGAAUCACAAUUUUGUCUUUCGGCAGCAAACUUGGUUGUCAGAUGAGCUUACUGUCCCGACCUUACAUACGACAUGGCCCCAAUUUUUGGAAAAUAUUAUUCAGUACUCUAUAAAAUUAAAAAUCUGAAAGUGUCAUUUUAAAAGUUAAAGCACAUUCUUUGUAGCACCGUGUGAAUUGAAUGAAACCCAUAAUUCCUAAAAAAACAAGAUAAAAUAUUUUCUAGUAUUAAAGAAAAGAAGAAAUAGUACACAAUUUAUGAAAUAUUUACAACAACAAUAAACAAUUAUUUUUAUACUUAUAAAACAAAAACAACAAUAACUACUUAAUAACUGAAUAAAUAAAGAACUAGCACAAACACAACUAAAAGAAACUGACCUUUUUACAAAUAGAGAGUUUAGGGGAAAUGAAAUAAAACACAGUUUUUAAAUCAAAAAUUAUUGAUAUAUUGAAAUGUAAAAUACAAUGAAAUAUAAUAAAAUAUAUGAAGUAUAUAAUAUAAUAAAAAAAUAUAAUGUAAUAAAAUAUAUUAUUAAAUUCCUAAAAUUAUAAAAAAAAUAUAUAAAAAAGUAUAUUAUUAUAUUUAUAUCCUUUUUUAUGUUACACAUUUAAUAAUCAGCCCUAUUACGGUUGUCGUCGUCGACGUCGCAAAAUGAAGUCGAGGUGACAAUAACGGCUUAGGAUUGUCGUUUUUUUGUCGAUGUCGAUGAAUGAUUGCUAUUACCAUUGUCGAUGCAAUAGUCGACGCGAAGUCGUUUUUAGUGAAUAUCUGUUGCCGUAAAAAAAUGAUGACGACAUUGUAUUUUUAAGUCGACGUCGACGAUAUUUUAACAAUUUUGAAUUUGACAUUUGACCAUGAAAAUAACAACAGCAAAACAACUUGGAAAUAUUGAAGACAUUUCCGACACUGGUCCACUAAGAUUCUAGCGCUGAAAACCUUAAUGCUGUAGCCAAUUGAAACAACUCUAGUUAAGUAAAAAGUCUUCGAUUUUUUCGAAAGAUUUUCCAGGUGUAGGUAUUUUUACCCUGAUUCCGGGAAACUAUUACUGUGAUCCCCCUGAUUUUUGACUUGAUAGUCCGGGUUUAAGACCCGGAUCCACUUUCGCCGAUAUAGGCAAUAUAUAACAACUCUAAUUUAGUAAAAACUCUUCGAUUUUUUCGAAAGAUUUUCCAGAGGUAGGUAUUUUUACCCUGAUAUCGGGGAACUAUUACUGUGAUUCCCCAGAUUUUUUUUAUUGAAAGUUCGGGUUCAAGACUCGCAUCCAAUUUCGCCGAUAUAGGCAAUAUAGGUAUCGUUUGAAAGUUAUCCAACAAGUGGUCACAUGAUGAUGACGAAGGCCAGCUACUUACAGCAACUGUUAAAUUUAGAAAAUUUUAGUUCGCGCAGCCAGUUGAACAUAGCCAGAAGAGAACAUCUCUGGACUCUGAAAAGGUAUUAGCAAAAUUGUACUAUUUUUGAAGUGUAAGAGUUCAGCUAUAAUUUGGCAUCUAUUUUUUUGGGCCCUUUUUCGACUUUUUUCGGGUUUUAUAAAAUAUCUGGGUCUAAAAAAUCGAUAAUUUGACCAUAACUUCCGAACGCCUUUAAAUAACCCCAUCAAGUGACCACUUUUUGGAUAGGUAUUUUCAUAAGCAAUACACUUACAUAUUGGGUAAGUGGAUCUGGGUCUUGAAACCGGACAUUCGGGUCAAAAAACAGAGGUCCCGGGUCCGUUCACCAAAAAAAAUUUAACCGAAUCAGGGUAAAAAUACCUUUCACUGGAAAAUAUAUCAAAAAAUUAAGAGUUUUUUCUAAACUAGAGUUAGAGUCUUGAACCCGGACUUUCGGAUCAAAAAUCUGGGGCCGCGGGUCCGUCCUCAAAAAAAAAAAUAGUUUCCCGGAAUCAGAGUAAAAUUAUCUGCCACUGGAAAAUAUUUAAAAAAUUGAAGAGUUUUUACUAGACUAAAGUUAAAGUCUUGAACCCGGACUUUCGGGUCAAAAAUUUGGGGUGCCGGGUCCGUCAUCCAAAAAAAAAUCAGGAUAAAAACACCUACCACUUGAAAAUAUUAAAAAAAAAUGAAGAGUUUUUACUAGACUAAAGUUAAAGUCUUGAACCCGGACUUUCGGGUCAAAAAUUUGGGGUGCCGGGUCCGUCAUCCAAAAAAAAAUCAGGAUAAAAACACCUACCACUUGAAAAUAUUAAAAAAAUGAAGAGUUUUUACUAGACUAAAGUUAAAGUCUUGAACCCGGACUUUCGGGUCAAAAAUUUGGGGUGCCGGGUCCGUCAUCCAAAAAAAAAAGAAAUCAGGAUAAAAACACCUACCACUUGAAAAUAUUAAAAAAAAUGAAGAGUUUUUACUAGACUAAAGUUAAAGUCUUGAACCCGGACUUUCGGGUCAAAAAUUUGGGGUGCCGGGUCCGUCAUCCAAAAAAAAAGAAAUCAGGAUAAAAACACCUACGACUUGAAAAUAUUUCAAAAAAAUUGAAGAGUUUUUACUAAACUAGAGUUAAGCCCUAAUUAAAAUAUGUACUUACUUGGAGUCAGGCAAUAAAAAUAUGUUUGUUUGCAGCCUUAAUUACCUGCAAUUUUUUUUCUUUUUUUGUCAACAACAAAGGUUUGUUGCUAAUUUUUUUUUUUAAGAGUCGAUGUCGCUUCUAUACCUUACCGUACUACCAUUUUUGAAACGAAACGACGGCGAUGGCGACUUACAUAUAAUGUCGACGACGACUAUAGAAACGACAACGGUAAUUGGGCCGAAUGUUUUGAAAUGAAUACUAUAUUUUAUUACAUUACAUAAAAAAAUAUAAAAACAUAAUAUAAUAAAACGCAUGAAUAUUAUAAUAUAAUAAACAUUUACUCUGGUAGUUUAUAAAUACAAUUUUCCAUUAAUAUUUGUAUAUGCAGAACGUUAUUUGAAAUCUUUUCAUCCUAAUUACAUAUAUAUAUUUACACAUACACACAUGAAAUAUCUAUCCAUCCUAAAUGAUCGAUUUUAUAAAUAUUAGUAUUGUUUUUCAUUCAAUAGAAAAACAAUUGAAAAUAAAUAGUUUUUAAGGAUAAUUUUUUUGUAUUUUAUAUUUUUUUAUAUAUAACUAUACAUAUAUACAUACUUAAUAUUAAAAUGGAAAAUCAAACAAACAACUAUGAAUGCAGCUAUAUAUUGAAAAAGGAAAGUAAUACAAUAAUAAUAAAAACGAAGAAGUAGUGAAAAGAA